CCCCCUGACUCUCUUUCUCUCUGUCUCUGUCUCUGUGUGUCAAGUAAUGGACAAUGUAGGCUACUAACGGCAAGCAUUGACAAGUACAUCACGGUGAAAGGAGCGGGCUGGCGGCAGACAGAGCAGAGGACGGGAGGGACAGUUGCAGUCAUUGGCAGCACGUGAAUAAGGUCCACCGUCUACCCCUCACACUGUUUCUCCCUCUACCGCUCGCUCGCGUUCUCAUUCUCUCUCGCUCCCUCUACGUCCCCAUCUCUCUCUCUCUCUAUCUCUCUUUCCUCGUCCUCUCAUUCUCAGUGUAAUCAGUUUCCCUCUGCGGAGAAAGACCAAGAGAAAGCAAGCAGGACACUUUUUUACAGCCUGUUUGUGUCUCUGAUCUGACCACAAUGGAAUCCUGGCAGCUGACUGGAGUGGUGGGAGAUGUCCUUCAGAGGUCCAGCAGUGACCGUAGCAGCUGUUUAAAUAAGGACAGUGUCUCGAUUCCAGGCCAACCUGUGAGCUGUGAGAGGACGCAACUGAGGGGUAACCAGGAAGCCCCUCCCCCUCCAGACUCCAUGACUCAGCCGUACCCCUCCGGCCAAUUUGCCCCCCCUCAGAACGGCCUGCCCGCUGAGUUCACCGCCUCACACCCUCACCCUGCGCCCCCCGACUACACAGGACAGCCCCCCGUCAGCGAACACCCCCUCAACAUGUACCCCACUUCACAGAACCACAGUGAACAGAGUGGACAGGACACCAGCAUACAGACCGUCUCAGCCACAGCCACACAGACAGAGGAGGAGUCUCAGACAGACAGUCAGCAGCAGAGCCAGUCGUCUGACAGUUCUAACAGUAAGACUCAGCCCAAGCGACUCCAUGUCUCCAACAUACCCUUCCGGUUCAGGGACCCGGACCUCAGGCAAAUGUUUGGCCAAUUUGGUAAAAUCUUAGACGUUGAAAUCAUUUUUAACGAGCGGGGCUCUAAGGGUUUUGGGUUCGUAACUUUCGAGCACAGUGCGGACGCUGACAGGGCGCGAGAAAAAUUACACAGCACGGUCGUAGAAGGCCGUAAAAUAGAG